AGCGGAUUGCGUAGCAUGUAGUUUUCUCGCGUGGCGUCGCAUCACAGGGUGAGAUCGCGCGGAAACGAAGGUUGCGCCCGUGACCGCGCCCGCGCCCGCCCGCCGUCAACAUCGCAAGUAGCGCAGUAUCGCGGCGCGCUCUCUACUUCUCGGACCUCGACCCGCCGGAUUCGGUACAGCUCGCGACUCGACCCGAUCUGUGAUGUGCCUCGUGAGCUGAUGAUGUGCAGCCGAGUGUGUGUUGUGAGGAAGUGCGCGAGCGACAAGCGGCGGCGGAACGCGCGCCCAUAGCCCGCCAUGUGGACGCUCUUCAUGCCGCUGCUGGCGCUCCUCGCGCAGGGCGACGGCGUCUCUUUCACUCCAAACAAGGAAUUACUUGAAUGUGCAAGAUCCUGUAUAUAGACCAACAUGCAUAUCAACUUCCAACAAACUACAGUAGAAACAUUCCACCUGGUAAAAACACGACAGUUUAUAUCGGAGUAAACGUCAACAGAGUAUCUGGAGUCGACGAGAAUAGAGAGGAGAUCACACUAGACGUUUUCCUACAAGUAUCAUGGGAAGAGAUGCGGUUAAAAGUCCCACCGGGGCGGUCAUACAUCGACCUGCCCUGGGAAUUCCGACAGCUGAUCUGGACCCCAGACCUAUAUAUAUGGCAGCUGCAGACCAUGAGAAUAUUGUCGGUGUUACAGGAAAUGGCAUCGUUGCGAUUGUAUGCCAACCGCACCGUCUCAGUCAGUAUCGGUGCCACGAUCACCAUCAAAUGUGAAAUGGACUUCGUUCUCUACCCGUUAGAUGUACAAAACUGCGCUAUAGACUUCAGUAGCUACAAAUACACGAGAGAAGACGUGCGGUUCGAGUGGCGUGAAGUGGCGCCUUGGUUUGGCUUGGCCGGGGAGCAGCGACGCGAGUUUCGUCUCCCCAAAUACGUGGUCACAUUUGUUACGGACAAAAGUAAACAUAUUCGAAAUUUUGGUGAAGGUGAGCAUUCCGCGGCACGUUUGCAAAUCAAGCUGUCUCGUGAGCUGCGGGGCUACCUACUAGAGAGUUAUUUACCUUCCUCCCUCUUUGUCAUCAUAUCUUGGGGCAGCUUCUGUGUCAUACCGGAGAUUGUACCGGGACGGAUGGUGUUGCUAGUGACUACUUUGCUCUCAUUGGUCACCAUGUUUGAUACUGUGAGCACGAAUUCUCCCGAUGCUCUGGAACUGAAAUGCAUUGAGGUUUGGCUGAUCUCGUGCACGAUAUUCGUGUUCCUUGCGUUAUUAGAAUACUUCGUGGUGCUUUUUGGCAUCCGCUAUGACAAGAGUUGGAGUAGACGGCGACAAGACCUUCGGCGCGCCGCUUCCGCCGCGCAACUCGCGCCGCCUAUACAUAUCAACCAUUCACAGAGGUUAAGUACACCAGUUAGCGGUACACCUCAAGGUGGUGUUUUCUCGCCGCAACUCAGUGUAGAAGAUGAAGGUCUUAAGCAACAAUUCUCUCAUCAGACAAUUCAGAGGUUGUCAUCUAAGGAGAGAAGGCUUCGAAGAGACAAUAAAGUCGGAUGUGAGACGAGAACAGUCAGUAAGGACUCGCCAAUUUUGGACACGAUGCCAGGUGACUCCUCUGGAAGUUUCUUAGUAAGGUUUGCUGCGAUGGCUGAUCGAGGCGUCAUGUUCUGUGGCGCCCAACAUGGGGCACUAGACAAGUUCGCCCUCAUGGUAUUCCCUAUUUGUUUUACUCUUUUCACUAUCAUCUACUGGACCACAUAUCUCAGUGAAGCACACCGAGCGAUGCCCGACUAAUGUGACUUUGUGUAGAGUGCCUACUCGGUAUAAGACAAUUGUAAAUAUUAGAUAAGCUGCUAGAUACUUUAUUAACGUUUGACCCAUUGUUAAUGACGAUUUAAUAGUUAAGUUUAUAAAAAAUUUAUUAAAAAACGUUACACUGUUUUAUAGGAUAUAUAAGUUUAUUUAAAACAUUGCAAUAUGUUUAUUGUCUUGAUAUAUUUUAAUAAUAAUGACGAAAUAACAGAAAUUUAUUAUAAAAUCAUGAUAUGGUAUGGCCAGGAGAAAUGCAAUAAUUUAAAAAAGCAAUAACUAAAAUAUAAUAUUGUUAUUUUCUUGUAAUUCAAAUAAUUUAAAGCUUUAUCUAUUAAAAUAACACUGUACUACCAUUUUCUAAGAUAUUCGUAACUAUCUGAAAUGUAAUUAUACCGAAGAAGUUUUCAGUAUUCUUGAAAACUUCCCUUAUGCUGAUGAAAUGAAUGUCAUGUGUGUGCCUAAUGUUAAUACUUUUAAGAACGCUUUGACUAUCCGUCCUAUUGUACAGUUCUGAAUUUAAAAUGUGGUCAGAUUUGAAGAUCCUAUUUGUAUGUAGACUGAAAUGUCAUAGAGUUCAAAAGAAUUAGCAUCCAAUUUGACAUAGGUACUAAUUCUUUAAGCUUUUACUUUAAUAUAAUUAUUUGCAGAAUAUUUUUUAUCUCCUUGUUAUUUUACUAUAAACAUAUUUACUAGUCCAUCUCACGACUUUAUUCGGUUAGACAAAAAUAAGCAAUUCUCGCUCAGCGAAAAAUAUUAUUCAUCAUCAUCAGUGGUUUUUGCAAGUUUUCAUAAAAAGUGGAUUAACGAGUUUUUGGUAGAUAUUGUAUUGACAACGAUUGAUAUUCAAAUAAAUCCUAUGUUUAGAGUUUAAGUAUUUAUUAAUGUAUAGAUUACAAACAUAAGUCUACAUUAAAGAUUUUGCCUUAAAAUAUCACACGACAUUGGGACCAUUUGAGCUCAGUAGAUUACUAGAACAUCACGCCUUAUUACUGUGCCUUUCGCUUUACAUAAAUAUAACAUUAUAGGCUUAAAAAAUAAUUUUAGACAAAUACUUUUAACAUUGUAUUUUCUAAAUAUAUUGUUCAUUCGUCAUCAGCUUAAACAAAUUAAGAAGCACGUCGAGUUUCACAAUAUCUUACACGAUUAUCGAAAAAAUAUACACAUUCGGUGUAUAUAUACAAAUAACAUGUAUAUAACAAUUUAUUUCAUACUUAUCAAAACUAUUUAAUAUGCACAUAUCAAUAUUAAAAAAAUAUGUACUU